AUGACCGGAGACGCCUUCGCGGUUCUGUUGGCCUCGUUGUUGUUGUUGCUGCUGCUUCAGAGAGGGGGCUGCCAGACGGAGUGCGGUAAGGGCCAAUUCACGGAUACGGAAGGACGGUGUAUAACGUGCCCCGUCUGCCCACCGGGAGAAGAGCCGGACAGGGUUUGCGGUUUUGGAGCCGGUGUCGGGGUCUCCUGUAGGAAGUGCGGUCCCGGGACGUUCUCCAGCGGGUUCUCGGUGUCCCCCUGCAGUCCGCACACGCAAUGCGAUAAACGCAAGAGGGUCCAGCUGAGCCCCGGAACCCCCGGGUCGGACGCGCAGUGCGGGGUCUGUCUGCCAGGGUUUUUCCCGCUGGUGGCCAAAACCAGCAGCUCUAGCGCCUGUUACCCCUGCUGGCUGGCCCCCCCGGACUCUGCGGGGUGCGAAGGUCUCCGGACGCUGCGUUCCCGCUCCCCGAGGACGAUAGAAGCGGCCGCUAAGCCGGAUAACAAGGCGCCGGCCAACAUCACGCAGAGCGGGGUGAAGGAGGAGGGCGGCACGGAGUACGCCGUGUUGGCCAUCGUGCCCGUCUUCUGCAUGAUGGGAUUGUCGGGGAUUUUCCUCUGCAACCUGCUGAAAAAGAAGGGCUACCACUGCACGGCGCGGAAGGAGCUGGACGAGGAGGCCGCCGCGCACGGCAAGAACGGUGCGGCCCCGGUCUGUAUGCUGGAGGAGAACGCCAACGAAGAUACCAUCGGGGUCCUCGUGCGCCUCAUAACCGAGAAGAAAGAAAACGCUGUUGCGCUGGAGGAACUUCUAAAAGAAUAUCAGACGAAGCCGACCUCCCCGGCCAUGAAUAAAGCUCCGCACAGGUUGCACCUCUUGCCCCAAAUGCCCCACGUCUGCAAGCACCAGCAUCACCUCCACACCAUCCAGGGCCUGGCGUCCCGCUCCGGCCCCUGCUGCUCUCGCUGCAGUCAGAAGAAGUGGACCGACGUUCUCUCGCCUCAACCGGCCUUACCGGUCACCAAACCGGGGGCCAAGACGGGCCGGGCGGGCGAGAUCACCAUCCUGUCCGUGGGAAGGUUCCGCGUGGCUCGUAUUCCGGAACAGAAGCCGUGCCCCCCGGAGGUGAAAACCCUCUCUGACCUCGGAGACCCCCAGAACGCCCCGCGUGACGCCGAGCAGAGGACGCCGCUCUGCAACGCGCUUCGGGCCAAAAACCGCAGCCUGGAAGACACCAGCAAGCUGGAGGAUGUUAUCUGACUCCUCUCCUCUUGCUGGGACAACAAAAGUGAAAGCACCCUCCUGUGGGAGAGCUCCCCCCGCUGGCCACCUGCGGCCCCCCGAGGAAGCUCCGAUUUGCAGGUGGAGCGCGGAGCGGCCUCGUUAUCUGCGGGACGUUCCGGAA